CACACGUGCUUCGUUGUAUUGCAUAUCUGAAUUUUUUAACUGGGCCGAUAAUGCUUGGGCCGAAAUCACUGCUACCGGACCGAUACACCUAAUUGCGUGAAUCGGACGCCAUCUUGAAAGAGAGACACAACUUUAAGUGCAAAAUUUACCUCUGCCAGAUAUCAAAGUAUUUGUAGAAUGGGAACCAGAGUGUAUGUUGGCCAUGUAUCCAAUCAUGCACGGGAACGUGAUGUGGAGAAGUUCUUUAAAGGUUAUGGGAAAAUCAGAGACAUCAUGCUCAAGAAUGGCUAUUGCUUUGUGGAGUUUGAUGAUGAUAGAGAUGCUGAUGAUGCAGUGUAUGAGCUCAAUGGAAAAGAACUGUGUGGGGAAAGGGUGGUGAUUGAGCAUGCCCGUGGCACAAGGAGGGACGCUGGUGGAUACGGGGGUGGUAAUGGAGGGGGAUAUGGAGGGGGACGGUCCAUGCGCAGGGACCCAUCCUGGCUAAACAGAAAUAGACGAUCUGACGGCCUUGGCGCCACGCGGUAUGGGGCACCUAUUCGGACAGAUUAUCGUAUAAUUGUGGAAAACCUAUCCUCCCGGGCUAGUUGGCAGGAUUUAAAGGACUACAUGCGCCAAGCAGGGGAAGUCACCUAUGCUGAUGCUCACAAGCAGAGGAAAAAUGAAGGAGUGGUUGAUUUUGCUAAGAAGAGUGACAUGAAGAGGGCUAUAGAGAAGCUGGAUGGUACGGACAUCAAUGGACGCAAAAUCCGCAUGAUUGAGGACCGACCAAGUCAGAGGCGUAGAAGUCGAAGCAAAUCCAGAGGAUCACGAAGUCGCAGCCGCUCACGCAGUCGUUCAAGAAGUCGCAGCAGAAGCAGGUCUCCCCGCAGCUCCAGAAACAGGUCCAAAUCAAGGUCAAGGUCACGCAGUGGCGAGAAACGGAGGUCAAAGUCGAAGUCGAGGUCCCGUUCCAGGGAUAAGUCCCUCUCAAGGUCAAAGUCGAAGUCAAGGUCUAAAUCAAAGUCCAAGUCUAAAUCUCCAGUGAGGAAUGAUGGAGAUGAACAGGUUCCUGUUGACAAAGAUUAAAAUUAAAAAAUAAUUGGAGUCAUAUUUUUUAUCAGACAUGCUUUUUUGUUGUUCAGACUUGAGCAUCAUUUUGACAUAAAGGUUUCUACAUGAGAAUUUUGAUUGGUAGUUUCAAGAGCUGCAUGACUCACAAGCAUAUGUAAAUUGUUGUUUUCAUUCCUUCGUUUCAUGAAGUUUUUGAGUGUGCUUGACUGAGUGUGAAAGUGAAUGGUAUUGACUGUAGUCGAGUUGAAGUCAUUUUAAGUUUAGAGUUUAAAUAUUUACGCAAGUUUAGCUAGGCUUCUGUAAAUGUCUUCUCCGUUAUAGUUAUUGGAAUUUUAGUUUGGAUUGUGAGUUCUAAAAACAGUUAACCCGGUAUGUCAUGUGCGCAUUACAAAUACCAGUACAGGACAUUCAUAAAGAAAAAGUGUCAACCAUCCUGCAGCUGAUUAUUUAAAAAAAAACUUGCAAUGUAUUCCAAACACUUGGUAUAGACUUGUGGUAACUUUCUCUGCAGCAAGUCCCUUUCAGUUUAGUUGAUAGUUUUGUGUGUUCACACGAUCAGCUGUAGUGAAAAACGUAGCCUCAGACAAGUCCUGAAAAUUGGUGGACAUCUCCAUAAUUGGUCAUUAUAAUGAAAUCCAUGCCACAAAAUACUAAUAAUUUAAUUAAACAAACUGAUAAGUGUCAAAUGAUAUUUUGAUAGUUUUUCCAACAAACGAGUCAGAUAAAACAAGUAAGAAGGAAAUCCACUUUGUAGCACUUCACAUAAUGGCAAUCCCGCAUUCACUGACAUUUCAACUUUCUGUUAUGUUAUGCUAUUGUAGAAUGGAUGCUUUAGGUGUGCUAGAAUCUCUUAUCAGUUAUAGACGUUUUGUAAAGAUUUGCGUUUAGAUUUGCAUAUGUACAAAUAUGUAACUAAUCAACAGAGUUUGUCAUGAUCAUGUCAGUUUAACAUCUGUGACUUUAAGUUCGGCUGUCGGAGAAAAUCCGAGCUCGCCAUCCGUCGUCCGCAUUGUGCUAAAACCUUAACAUUUUUUUUUUUUAACAUUGGCUCUAAAAUCAAAGUGCUUAAACCUACAACUUUGAAUCUCUAUAUGUAGCUGCGCACCUUGACGAGUUCUACAUGCCACACCCAUUUUUGGGUCACUAGGUCAAAGUUCAAGGUCACUGUGACCUCUAAAAAAAUAAAUUAUGACAAGCUUUUUUUAAUUCAAAACUGCACUCGCAGCCGAGCGUGGCACCCUUUAUGCGGUGCUCUUGUUAUACUUGAUUUUAAGUUAAAGCUCCGCAAAUACUCUUUUUUAGUGUGGUAAUUAUUAUAAAUUGCAAACUGUUUACAUGAGAUCAGUUUGAACCUAGUGAAAGUAUAUUUUUAUGCCCCCGAAGGAGGGCAUAUAGUGAUGGCACUGUCAGUCUGUCAGUUCGUCUAUCUUUCCGUCACACUUUUGCGUUUAGGUUUCGAAGAAUGCUCAUAACUUCUAUGUCGCUUCAGAUGUAGCCUUCAUAUUUGGUAUGCAUGUUUAUAUGGGCAAGGUCUUUCCAUAUGCACAAAAAUAUGGGCAAGGCCUUUCCAUAUGCACAAAAAUGUUAACCCCCUUGACCUUGAACUUAGGGUCCGCGUUUAGGUUUCGAAAUCUGUGUUUAGGUUUCGAAAAAUGCUCAUAACUUCUUUGUCCCUUGAGAUGUAACCUUCAUAUUUGGUAUGCAUGUGUAUAUAGACAAGACCUUUUCAUACGCACACAAAUUUUGACCCCUAAGACCUUGACCUUGAACUUAGGGUCCGCGUUCAGGUUUCAAAAUAUGCCUUUAGGUUUUCAAAAAGCGUUUUUCAGGGGCAUAUGUCUUCCGAUGGAGACAGCUCUUGUUUCCAUUAUAAUGUACCGAUUGUUGUUGUUGUUGUAACAAUUGGACUUUUUGAUGUCAUAUUGUUGAAAUUAUUGUAAAUAAAACAAAAGACUUGUA